AUGGGAACAGUGGGCGCAGGCACUUACGGUACAGUUAUGAAGUGUUUUAAUGUGAUAAAUGAGCAGGUGGUGGCGGUGAAAAGGUUGCGUAAUUCAAUGGCUGGUCGCCAAGGUGCUAGACAACGUCGGCACUGCGAAAUGAUGGUGCGAGAGAUUUGUCUAUUGCAGGCACUCAAUGAUGAUCAUAUAGUAUCAAUGAUUGAAGCAUUCAGAUACAAUGGUUACGUUCAUAUGGUGUUUCCGUUGAUGCGUUACAACCUUUACAAAUAUUUGGAACUAAAUGGUGGAGCGUUAACUAUAGAUGCUACCAAAGAAUGUAUAUAUCAAGUGAGCAUAUUUCCAAGAUAUUAUUAA